ACCACCACAGUGGUUACCAGAGAGUACACCAUCAACCUCCAUAAACGCCUCCAUGGAUGCACAUUUAAGAAGAAGGCUCCUAAAGCCAUCAAGGAGAUUAGGAAGUUUGCCCAAAAAGCAAUGGGAACCAACGACGUUCGUGUUGACGUCAAGUUGAACAAGGCUAUAUGGAGCCAGGGUAUUAGAAGUGUCCCAAGAAGAAUCAGGGUACGCAUUGCUCGCAAGAGAAACGAUGAUGAGGAUGCUAAGGAAGAGCUCUAUUCUCUUGUUACUGUUGUCGAAAUCCCCAAGGAGGAGCUUAAAGGUUUGGGCACUAAGGUUAUUGAUGAUGAAGAUUAAUGUGUUUUAUUUUUGUUAAAGCAAUUUUUGAGUUUAAUUUUGUUCAGACAUCGAGGAUAUGUUGUAUGCCAACAUUAAUUUUCAUUCUCUGUUUUAAUUGUGUUUUGUUUGCCGUUCUUAGAAAGAUUAAACAUC